AUGGAAGCAGAUCACCACAGAUCUCACCACAGCUCCAUCCUUGUUCAUAGUUGGUAUCUUGGCAUCUUUUGGUGGAGGAGUUCCGACCGCAGAAGCAAUCCUGAGUUGGACCCAUGGAUGUACAAGGAGCACAAGGACCAGCGUGACACGUUCUAUCACACGGAUGCGGGCAACCUCGACGAGGCCGUGAACAUGUCUGACCACAUGAAUGUGGCGGCAGACCGGCGAGGGAUCUAG